AUGAUACCUACACGAAGACUCCUAGGCCCAGUAGCCCCUCGCUCGUCAUACUACCAGUCCGACUAUACACAAGGGCCGUCUCUCAUUCGUGCUCGGAAACCCUUUUUGGUCAAGAACCUUCUCACCGGCGCCGCUAUUCUGGCGCUGACUGGGUCAAUCUACCUCUACACAAUCAAGGCUGUCGCCCAGGACAACUUUGAGGAUGUAACAGUACCAGAUGCACCCACCCAGCCUGCAAAGACACCGAAUGUGGGCACUAGUACUAUCACAAGUGGACCUUUAGGAAAAUGA